AUGCUGCAGUUGAAGGCCGUCUACGGGCUCAGCACCGACCUGCGCAACCACCUCCAGGUCGUCGGCGACCGGGUCUUCUAUCAGGCCGGCUACAACGUCGUCGCCUACAACUUCCGCGAGCAGAACCAGCACAGCGCCAAGAAGCAGAUCGCGAUGGGCCUAGUCUCCGCAGAGGCCAGGCCGGCCAUCCUCUGUCAGGAGCUGGGCCAUUCCUCCUCAAAGCGGCGCAAGCUGGAAUUCCCAGAGCUGAACGUGGAGAGAUGGGUCUCGCUAGCCUUCUCGACCAACACUGAGUUCAAGUCCCUGUUCGCCCUCUCCAACCAGGAGCCCCUGCUGGCCUGCGUCUCCACCGACAAGUCCAAGGGGCUCCUGGGGUUCGUGCGGGUGCCCACGGGGCCGGGCGAAGAGUUGCUGGAGGUGAAGUGCUCCUCCGCCACCGAGUCCAUCACCAGCGAGACCGUUUCGGUGCUGGGAUCCAGGACUUUCAAGACUUUCAAGAUUUUGCCUGAGACCGAGAAGAGCUACACCUUCCAGACCCUGGCCAGCUGCAUGCUUUCGUUGCCAGACCCGGUCUCUGACUUCGUCACGCACAUCUGGAUCUCGCCCGGCAGCCUUGAGCCCUCGCUGCUGGUGGCCUCCGCCAACGAGUUGUACUUUGUGGACGAGAAGGGCAAUGAGAUCGAGCGGCUGCCGAAGAGCCUGGUGCCGGCCUGGAAGGACCGGGAGGAUCCCUUUGCGGUGCUGACCCAGUGGUCCCAGGGCUUCCUGGUGGGCGGGCCCUACGGCAUCGCAGUCUUCGUCUACGAGUAUGGAGUGUUCAAGUUCCAGAGCGUAAGAGAGAUCCGGGUGCGGGAGGUUGAGCAGGGCGUCCGGGGGCUGGAGGUGUCAGAAGACCGAGUCUUCAUCACCACUGAACACUCUCUGCUGCUCUGCAGCAAGACCGUCGAGCUGGACAAGUACGAGGUCCUGGGGCUGGCACCGCACACCGGGCCCAUCACUUCGAUGGACAUCUGCAUCAAGAAGCCGCUAGUGGCCACUGCCUGCAACAAGGACCGGUCCAUCAAGAUCUGGAAUUUCGAGGAGCGGACGGUCGAGACCCUGAAGAACGAGACGGAGUCGGUCAGCUGCCUGAGCUUUCACCCGUCGGGGCUGCACAUCGUAGUGGCCUUCACGGACAAGCUUAAACUGAUGAACGUGAACAAGGACGGCGAGCCUGAGCCUUACAAGGAGAUUAGCCAGUUCCGUAACUGCACUGACAUUCGCUUCAGCAACGGCGGACACAUGUUCGCCGCUGCCUCCCAGUCCGUCAUCUACGUCUACCGCUUCUACCUCCCCGACUCUCCCCUCAAGGUCUUCAAGGACCAUGUGGCCAAGAUCCGCAGUCUCUUCUGGUCCCGCGAGGACAGCUUGCUGGUCAGCUGCGCAAACGACGGCACCGUGUACGGCUUCCGCAUCGGACUGGAGAACGAAGGCCGCGUGCUGAACUACAAUCCACCCAAGGAGGAGAAGACCAAGGGCGGCGUGACUGCCUGCGCGGUCAUACCCAACGAACAGUCCAUCUUUGCCCCCUACAGCUGCGCCGCGACAGGCGAGCGUGUGGUCAAGGAGAUCGCUCUGUCGGGCGCAGAGCGGGGCCGCAGGGAGCUGUGCAAGGCACCGAUCACACAGAUCGCGUUCAGCUCAACCUCGCGUAUCAUGGUCGUGGGCACCGAGGAAGGGUUUGUGCGGUCAUACAAGAUGCCCUACAGCCAGCACCAGAUGUACUUCGCGGCACAUGACCAACGUGGCGUGGAAAAACUGCGGAUGGCUCACGACAACAAGUAUCUGUUCAGCGCUGGUCGUGACGGGUGCCUGCUAAUUUUCGAGGUGCGCGACAAGGAGGGUAACGCCGAGCGAUCGAAGGAAGGUUUCGGCUACUCACGCGAGAUCUUCGUGGAGAAGAAGGACUUGGAGCAGCUGAAGAGUGAUGAAGAGGAGAAGGUGGAGAUUGACAACACCCUCACCUCGGCCAGUCGAGACGAGCUCAACGCGCUGCGGGAGGGGCUCAAGAAACAAGGCGAGAACUGGGCGCGGGAAUACGAGACACUGAUGGAGCGGAAGAAGCGCAUCGAGGCCGAAAAUCGGGAGGAGCUGAAGGCGAAGAAGGACGAGUACGACAACUUCCUGCAGUUCUUCGACAACAGCCAGGGCAAGCGCGUGGUUGAGGAGAACGCUGCCUUUGAUUCGCACAAACGCCAGCUCGAGGUCGAAGGGGCCAACAAUGCCCGGGAGUGCAAGCUUCAGCAGGACAGCUACGCGAAGGUGCUCGGGGACCUGCAGGAGGGCUACGAGCGCAAGCUGGAGGAGGAGCGGGGCAAGCGGGAGGACCUGGAGCGGCGGAUCCAGCACAGCCGGCGGAUGCACCACGAGACGAUGCUGGAGAUCCAGGAGGAGCAGAAGGAGGAAAUCCACAACUUGACCUGCGACAGCAAGAAGAAGGAGCAGGAGCUGACGGAGAAGGCUCUCAAGAGCAAGAGCGAGAUGAGCAUGAUCAAGAAGCGCAUCCUGGCCAACAAGAGCGACUACCAGAAGCACAAGGACGAGGAGGAGCGCAACACCCUCCAGAGCGAGCAGCUGAAGGGCGAGCAAGACAGCCUCCGCGCGGAGAUCGGGGCCAUGGAGCAGGUCAUCCGCGCCAAGGACGACCAGAUCGCCAAGCACGAAAAAACCAUCUACGACUACAAGAAGAAGAGCCAAGAGCUCGAGAAGUUCAAGUACGUGCUCGACCACCGCAUCAAGGACCUCAAGCGCCAGAUCGGCCCCCGCGAGGAGACCCUCACCGCCCUCAAGGUCAAGACCAACGACAUGGACCAGGAGCUCAAGCGCCACAACGCCAACAACUCGAAGCUGGCCGAGGCGGUCUCGGAGCUGUACUCCCACGAGCGGCUCAUGAAGCAGGACAUCGCCCGCCAGCGUGAGCGCAUCGCCAUCAAGAGCGUGCGCAUCAAGCAGUUCAAGGACCAGCUCUACCAGGCCGUGCAGUUCAUCCAGGACGAGCAGGAGCUGAAGCGGCAGGCCCGCGACCUGCACGCCAAGUUCGUGCAGGCCACGGUGCCCAUGGCCAAGGUCGACGAGGAGAUCGACCAGGAGGAGCGCAACCAGCUCAAGUUCCUCUGGAACUCGGUGCGCAUGCUCAAGAAGAACAUCGAGUCCGAGAUCCAGAUGCACAAGAACGUCAACACUAAGAUCAUGCGCGAGAACGUCCUCCUCAUCAAGGACAUCACCGACAAGCGCACCGCCGUCCGCGAAAAGAGCAAGUUCACCAAGCGCCCCGAAAGCACCGAGCUCAAGGCUGAGGUCCUCGAGCUCGAGACUCGCGUGGUCCUCUACCGCAAGAAGCUCGAGGAGAUCGAGCGCCGCAUCGAGGGCUUCGAGGCCCGCGAGAUGGAGAUCGAUUAG